CUCCGCCUUUUCUUUGUCCUCAAUUCAUGCCCAUCGAACGAACAAACACCCACCCGAGCUUUACAACUCCUCACCUUUCUUUGUCUAGCGAAAAAGUUGGCGCCUUUAUGCCCUUUUUCCCCCCUCUGUCAUCGCUAUAAAGAACAGGAACCCACCGCCCAAGUUCCUCUUCUGCUCGCAUUUCUCUCUGGGUCUUGACUUUUUGGAGGCUUUGGUGUGAUCUGGGUCUUGGGUCGGGGACUGUUUCAUCAGGGAAGAAAAGGGUCUUUUCUCUUGAAAGGUGGGGGGAAGUUUAGGUGCUGAAAGAUUUGAGCUUUUUUGAUGGAGUUUCGAGAAAUGGAGAGAGGGGUUGGGGAUGGAGUGUUCGGGAAGGAUCUCCUCAACCUGGAGGAGACAGAGCUCAGGUUGGGGUUGCCGGGGACGGAGGAAUCUGGCCAGAAGAAAUCGAGGACCGGCAAGAGGCUGUUCUCUGAGUCGAGCGAUGUGUCUGGAUCUUCAAAGGGUAGCUGUGUUGCUCCUCACCAUGAUGAAGACCAUGAAUCUGCUCCCGCCCCUAAAGCACAGAUCGUGGGAUGGCCGCCUGUCCGAUCCUACCGAAAGAGUGCUCUUCAGCCGAAGAAGGCGGAAGCAGAGGGCCCUGGUAUUUACGUGAAAGUAAGUGUUGAUGGAGCCCCUUAUCUCAGAAAGAUCGAUCUCAAGGUUUAUGGUGGUUAUCCAGAGCUCCUGAAGGCUUUGGAGAACAUGUUCAAACUCACCAUAGGUGACUAUUCUGAAAGAGAAGGCUACAAAGGAUCUGAAUAUGCACCUACCUAUGAAGACAAAGAUGGUGACUGGAUGUUGGUUGGAGAUGUUCCAUGGGAAAUGUUCAUUUUGUCCUGCAAGAAGCUGAGAAUAAUGAAAGAAUCAGAAGCUAGGGGCUUGGGUUAUGGUGUUUGAGAACAUCCCAAAGGUAAAGAAGAUUGAUUUGCCUCGGAAAAAAGAGAUUCUCCAGCUCGGGUUCUUGGAGAAUUUUCAAUCUUGAUGUAGGUCUCCACGGUGGAGACUUGUUGAAGUUUCUGAAAGGACUCUCUAGUCACGAAAGGGAAGUUAUUUACAUUUUGCAGUUUGUCUUUGAAAAUUUGGCAGCUGCUCUUUUGUUGGUUUGGGCAUCUGCCUGAUGUCUUCUUUACCUAGUGAUCUUUCUUUCUGAAUGAAAGGAGGACGGCGCACAGAUAGAUACUGCCUUACAUGUAAAGUACUGUAGGAGGGAAAUGGGUGAAAAUAUAUUGGCAUUUUCAUCCAAUGUUUGCUUUCUCCAUCGGUUUUUGAUUGUCAUCGAGUCUUAUCAAUUCAACUUUCUACUUAUCAAAAAAUUAUUCGACAUUCGCAUUGUCCA